AUGGCUUCUUCAGCCAGCUCUGAUGAGGGGGAGAUUCGUGAUAGGGGUGUAGAGAAGGCAACUACGACGCUGCCUCAAUUCGAUGGCACUGUGGUUGACCGUCAAGACAGAAACCGAUCUAGUAACUCAAAUUCGAUGUCUCCCGAACACGGAUAUAGGCCAAAGGACAGAAGGCGUUCCGAGAGGAGCAGGUCUCCGUAUUCAGAUCGACAGCCUCGUGGCUCGAAGAGAACGAGAGAUGAUGACUAUCCGGACCGAUCCCGAGGAGACCCACGAAGAUUCAAGGUUCAUUACGAAGACGUCUCUGCAGAGUAUAGGCACCGUCCCCGAGUAUCCUACGAAGACAUAGAUCGAGGCUCUGCCCCAAUUCCCGAGCUCCGAUACGACGAACGAGACAGAUACUCGCAAAAACGACCACGGACUCGGAGUCGCUCGCCCUACAGAUCGAGUAGAGGAGGGGACAGGAAUGGACAUGGUGGGCAAUCACGUAGAGAUGAGAAUCGGUACAAUGGUUAUGAUACUGGCAGAUCCAACCCUUAUGGUCGUGGAGACGUAAGAAAUCGGGAUGUGCAGGACCAGUCAGUGAGAAAACGGGGACAAAGCCCGCUGCCAGCUGAUAACGCAAGACACGAGGCUAAAACUAUGCAAGGGUUUUCACAGCAGCCUUCUGACCAACAUACUAAGUCGCUUGAGCCAGAAAAGUCAAGCAGUGCAGCCGAGCCAGCAGCUAUUGAAGCUCCUGAACCCGAUCCUGAACCCGUCGAUGAAGAAGCGCUGAUUGAAGAACGACGAAGACGUCGCGAGGCGAUCAAAGCCAAGUACAGAGGAUCUGCGGCUCCUUUAUUAGUACAGGCCUUGCAGCUUGGAGACAGGUCAGCCAAUCAGUCUGAAGAUAGCGAUACGCCUCAACUACCAGGGGCAGAGUCGCCAUCCGUCUCGACUCCAGAUACCCCUCGAGGUCCUGGUUCACCGGCAGAUUUUACGAUUACAAACGAUCAAGACCUAGUAAAUAAGAAGGGGGAUGCAGGCGAUGCUGAAGAUGAUGGACCAUCAGCCGCUGACUAUGAUCCUACCAUGGAUAUGAGAGAAGACAAGCAGCGGGACGACAAGAGACACAAUGAGGAGGUUUCUGCCGUAGCCUACGAUGAGACCAAACCGACCACCGAACAAGAUGUGCUUCUCCCUGCUGACCCCCUACCAGUCGAAGAGGAGCCGAGGAAGUCCAAAGACGACUUCGACAUGUUCGCAGAAGAUGAUGACGAUAUGUUUGCCGAGGAGCCCAUUCCGAAUAGCAAGCCGAAUGAUCAUCUUGACGAAGGGGCAAAAGCCGUGCCUAUUCCGCAAGCGAAGGAACUCGAUAUCGGAAUGCUUGAUAAUUGGGAUGAUCCCGAAGGUUAUUAUAAGAUUAUCUUGGGAGAGCUGCUGAAUGGCAGAUACCAUGUCCAGGCAAACCUUGGUAAAGGUAUGUUCUCUGGGGUCGUCCGAGCGAUGGAUGUGACUACGAAGAAACUGGUUGCGAUCAAGCUUAUCCGAAACAAUGAAACAAUGCGCAAGGCUGGCAUGAAAGAGAUUGAAAUCCUUCAAAAGCUCAACGAAGCAGAUCCCGAAGACAAGAAACAUAUGAUUCGAUUGGUAAGACAUUUCGAACAUAAACAACACUUGUGCAUGGUCUUCGAGAAUCUCAGCAUCAACCUCCGUGAGGUCCUGAAGAAGUUCGGACGUGAUGUGGGCAUCAACCUCAAGGCUGUUCGAGCCUACGCCCAGCAAAUGUUCCUUGGUCUGAGUCUGAUGCGAAAAUGCAACAUUCUGCACGCAGAUCUCAAACCAGAUAAUAUUUUGGUCAAUGAAACUCGCAACAUGCUCAAGAUUUGUGAUCUAGGAUCAGCAUCCGAUGCUUCUGAGAAUGAAAUUACGCCCUAUCUCGUUAGUCGGUUUUACCGUGCUCCAGAGAUUAUACUCGGCAUGCCCUACGAUUUCGCAAUCGAUGUUUGGUCGGUCGGGUGUACACUUUACGAACUCUACACAGGCAAGAUCCUAUUUACGGGCCGCACCAACAACCAAAUGCUCCGGUCAAUCAUGGAGUGCAGGGGUAAAUUCACGACUAAAAUGCUGAAACGUGCCCAAUUUGCACAUAUCCACUUUGAUGAGAUGGCCAACUUCAGGAGCGUUGAGCAGGACAAGGUUACGGGAAAGGAUACAGUCAAAAUUCUAGCAUUCACGAAGCCCACCCGCGAUCUCCGAACCCGUCUGAUGUCUGCAAGCAAAGGCUUGACGGAUGUGGAGACGAAGGAAUUGGCCCUUUUUGCUGAUUUGCUGGACCGAUGUCUCGCGCUCAAUCCAGAGAAGAGGUGUACACCACAGGAUGCAUUGAAGCAUCCAUUUAUUUCCAGGAUGACGAAGUAG